AUGAAUAACACUUUUGCAAGUAUAUUUCCACCGGUCACAACAAGUUUAAUAGCCAUACUAGCAACGACUGUAUCAACUGCAACUCUUGGCGGUAAUAUUGUUGUAUUGAUCGCAUUUUUUGUUGAACGUUCUCUACGUGUACCAAGUAAUUAUUUCAUUGCAUCAUUGGCUAUGACUGAUGUCCUGAUUGGAUUAUUUUCAAUGAAUUUAUUUAUAACAUAUCAACUGUUAGGUUAUUGGCCAUUAGGACAUUUAAUUUGUGAUUUAUGGUUAUCAUUGGAUUUUUCAGCAUGUUUAACAAGUCAGUAUACUGUAUUCUUAAUUACACUGGAUCGUUUUUGUUCAGUGAAAAUACCAGCGAAAUAUCGAAAUUGGCGAACAUUUAAUAAGGUUCGAGUUAUGAUCUGCAUAAGUUGGAUAUUUCCAGCAGCUUUAUUUACACCAGUUAUUUUUGGUUGGUCCUAUUUAACCGGGGAACCAGAACGUGAAAUUGUCAAAUGUGAAGUCUCUUUCACCUAUUAUCCAGUAUUCAAUACAACAUUGACGAUAGGCUAUUUUUGGACUACACUAGUUAUCAUGUGUAGUCUAUACGUCGGCAUAUACAAAGUAGCACGUCGGUUACAAGCAAAAUCCAUAGAUAAUAAUAAACGUUUAAUGCAAUUUUUAUCGAAAAUUGAUAAUAAACAAAUUUUAACACAACAAAAUACAUCGAAUAAUACAAAUUCACUCGAUGAUGACGAUGAUGGCGAUGAUGAUGACAAUGUCGAGAAGGCGAAGAAGAAUAAUACACAAAAUAACAUUCAAUUAUCAAAUGAUCAGUGUUUCAAUUCAAAUUGUUUAAAUAAGUAUCCAACAAAUUCAAAUAAUGACGUGGCGGGAUAUUUAACGAACCAAACUUAUUGUCUGAAUAAAACAACAAAAGAUAUGUUCAAGGAGUCCAAUGAAUUAGUUGACUGUAAUUUUAUGAAUCAAUCUAAUAAAAUAAAUGGAAUAGAUAAAAUUCAACUUGGAUCUGUUUCACAACAAAGUGAUCAACUUCAACGCGGCUAUCAAUAUGAAAAUAAGACUUCUAAUGAUUGUUCAGUCUAUCAUAAUAGCGACAGUAUUUUGAAUACAUCUCAAACACAUCAAACUAGUAUAUCGACAACAGCAACAGCAACAACAACAGCAGGGACAACUGCUCAUGAGGACAAACAAGCAGAUUUGCAUAGAAAAGACUCUUUAUCAUCUUUAAAUGAUGAAAUUUUCUCCCUGCCGUCUGUCAACUUCUAUAUACCAUCACCAAAAGUUUCAACUUCUUCACCAAUUCAAAGUGAUCAGUCACUGUCACCGAAAUACACCUAUUCUGAGAAUAACUCACCAGUAUGGAUUAGAAAAAAGGAUAAUUGUUAUGAUUCUGGUUUAAAUUUAUACGAAUGUGAUCUUUGUCCACAAGUGUUAAAGUGUCAACAGUUUAUAAGUGAUAAAAAUUUCUGUGAAAAUGGUGUAUACUACUAUUUAUCUGAUUCACCAUCAUGGGAUCAAUGUCCACCGACAUGCUGUUUAACUGAUAAAUGUGAAUACUCUGAGUAUACAACAUCCAGUGGGAAUAUGAGCUCAAUGUAUAAUAACCAGUUAACGAAUACCAACUGUUGGUACAGACGAUUCAUGCAUAGAUUGAAUAAACCGAAUAAUAUGCUUAUCAAAUCCGUGUGUACACUAAGCAAACAGCAAUCCCCUUCAUCAGUGUGUAAAUCCUGUGAUGACAAACCUUAUCCUUGUGGACUACAAAAUAAUUAUAACAAUAAUCAAGAUAUAUGUCCAUGUUAUUACUACAGUAAUAAUAAUAGCAGUAAGAAUUUUAUUCAACAACACCGUGAAUCACAAAUAAGUGAAGAACCAACUAAACCUCAGUCGAAAUGUUUGUGUUGUAUUUUCCCGCCAAAACAACAAAUCAACACCGAUUUAAACAAUAAUCACACUCAAGGUCAAACCAGUCUAAGUAAUAGUCAAGUUCAAAGUCCAAAUAAUAGUGAUGAUUAUAUGAAUGUACAUAAUGGCCAACAAAAGAGCAAAUCUAAUAAACUGUCUUUAAAAUAUAAACAGAAGCAACAAAGAUUUAACUCACAACAACAACAACAACAACCCCACCAACAAUACGGAAAGACAUCAGCAUCAACAACAACAAGAACCAAACCUGGCAGGCGGCAGACAAGUCUUUCAAUAUUUCAAUCUCUAUCAAAUAUUGAUGCACAGAAUCGUAAACAUGCACGUAAAGCAUUGAAAACGAUUAGUUUUAUUUUGGGAGCAUUUAUGAUCUGUUGGACACCAUAUCAUAUAAUUGUAUUGAUCAAAGGCUUUUGUGAUGAUUUAGCUACGCACACAAGUUGUGUGAAUAUACAUUUAUAUAAUUUAUCUUAUUGGUUAUGUUAUAUGAAUUCACCGAUUAAUCCAUUUUGUUAUGCAUUAUCAAAUAUAUCAUUUAGGCGAACAUUUUUUCGAAUAUUACGAUGUGAUUUUCAAAAAAGAUGA